AUGCCAGCGCAUGACGAUGGUAACCACAGUCCAAGAAGCGAUGCCUCGAGCGUUCCUGAGACCUUUGCCAAUGAAGAUAUCGCAGAGGAGAUCAACGCAGCAACGUUCGAAGAGCUGCGUAUGCCAAAGGAGACCGCGGCAGCCAUGCUUAAGGCUUGGCAUGCCUUCAUCGCUUGCUUUGAUUCCCGAGAUUCAGCGGCAUCAUCGCUGUAUGGCGUGAUCUUUGACAGUGUCCCCUCGCUCCAAGUUCUUUUCAAGACCCCCAAGGUCAUCCAAUCCAUCCGCCUCAUCGAUGAGCUGCAGACCAUCGUGGAGCACCUGCAGAAGCCAAAAGAGCUGAAGCAGAUGGGGGAGUCACUCGCUUUUCGUCACCUCAACUUCGAGGUUACAAUCCCACGGGCCAUGAUUUUUCGUGACGCCAUUGUGGAUUGUCUGGCAGCGGAGCUGGGCCAGAACUUUGCCCCAGAGGUCAGGACAGGUUAUAUGAUUCUCUUUGGAUGGAUAGGAGGGGCAUGCAUUUAUGUCAGAAAUGAGUUUGCAGACCGCCUCAAGAUUCUUCGAGAAAGCUGGGCGAAAGUCAAUGCUGGCCGAGCCAAGCAAGAAGAAGCAAGGAUAGAAGAGGAGGAGGCUGCGGAAGCUCAGGAAGUGCUUGAGGACGACGAGCAGUUCAGCCUAAGAUCAGCAGAGCAAGCCGAAGCUGCGCAGCAAGUCGCGCAGGAGGAGAAGAAGGGGUGCUGCUCUUUCUGUCGGCGGAGACGAGCAGACGGCAGUGAUGCAGGCGUGCUAAGCCGAGCAGUUACCAUGAAAGCCACCUCAAGAAAGAAUCUGAAUAAUCUGUCGAAUGCGGGUGGUGGUGCUGGUGGUAACCAAGCUGCAACCACUGGUCAGACUGGCAUGGUGGUUCCCAUGACGUUUUCUGAGAUGUUCAGAUUUAACUCGCAAGUGAUGGGGUUCGGCAUCGGUGGCUGGAUGGAGCAAAUUUUGAACUCCUUCGGAGACAUCGUCGUGAACGCAUCGGAUGCUUUGCGGCUGCACGAGGAGUGCGACUUGCUGUCGCUGCGGAUCGACAAGGUCUCUCGGGGUCAAGCCCCCAACUUGGCGCAAUUCAAAUCCUGCAUGUUGUCCUCAUUGCGAUCCCUGCUUCCAAAGGAAUGGGACACAAACUAUGAGGUUGCUUGGAAUUGGCUUUGGGAUAACGUCGCGACACUGCUUGUACAGACACUUGGCAGCUCCUACAAGUGGGAGGCAGCCGUGAACCAAUAUUUUGGUUCCGUCGGCGAGGAUGCGCGUUACAAGCUUCGCGCAGAGAUCUACGAACGCUUUUUUGCAUCUACCCCGGCUGGCCAAGAGUAUUUCAAGCAGUCUGACACGCGCCUACAUUUCAUUGCAGAGAAGGUCUUCUGGUUCUCCAUCGAGAUUUACGGAGACCCAUGGCAGUUAAUAGAUGACCUCUCGGCAUUGGGGCUGCGUCACGUCGGAUAUGGUGUGCCGACCGAAAUGUUUGCACCCUUUGUCAAUGCGUGUGUGGAAGUCAUCAAGGAUGCCGUAGGCGACAAUGCCCUGGCACUGCAGGGUUUCAAGUGGUCUUUGGGAAUAGUGUCGAAGCAGCUAGUGAGGACCGUCGCAGAAGGAUCCACCAUCGUGAUGAAGGCAGUGAAUGCGAACUCGAAGAAGAUGUUGCAGAAGGCCAUCAGCUGUGCUCCUCGCGGCCAACGCUUCCAGUGGCUGCUGAAGAUUCAGGUUGGCACGCAUUCGAUCUCGCCCCUCUAUUGGGCGAUCGAAAGCGGCAGUCUGGCAGCUGCCGAGGCUAUCAUAGAAGACCUCCUACUGAUUCGUGCAGACCGCGAGAAGUACUACUAUGGAAAUGACGCGCUGUUCGAACGUCACCAGGACAUCAUCAAUCGCUUGUGCAGAGAGGCGCCAACCCUCAUUCCAACGCUCCUCAAUGGCUUGAUCUGGCGUUCUGCUAGAACGGAUUCUGGUCUUCGCCGCGUGAACUUCUACGUGAAGCAUCUGCUGGUGAAUCAGGAGGGUGAGCCGGCGGAGUUCCUCAGAGAGAUUUGCACCACGAAAGACCCGAAGAUCAUGGUACACCCGGCGGUGGUGAUGGUCUCUGACACGCUGUGGGGAGGCAUCGUGCGAAAUUCCUUCCUCAUCUCCCGCCUGUGGUUUCUGACCAGUUUACUGAUUUUUAUGCUGAGCGUGGCAAUCUUGCCCAAGACCACCCAACUCGAAUCGAUUUGGGAAGUGCGGAUUGUGAUUUUCUUUGGGCGAACCUUCAUGUACAUGGUGACCAUGACCAGACUGCUGAUCAGAUGCAUCUGGAAGUGCGUCAAAGACUGCCGCCGUGGCAAGUGGUCCCGUGUGACAUGCAUUCGCAUUCCAAAGUAUCUGCACAACGCAAUGGCGAUGGGCAACUUGGUUUUGGCGCUGCUGCUUCUGCUGAUGUGCGCGUAUGAGCCGAUGUACCACUGCCUGGUCUCUAGCCCCCAAGACUGGCCGACAGCCAAUUGCGAUGCCAUCGAGGACAAUCACUACACCUAUGAGGGUGUGCGAUUUACCUACUCUGCCCUCGGCAUGAUAGCAAUGGCCAUACACUGGUUCCUCAUGGUGGACUUGGCUGUCUUCUCCACAGGGUUGUCAGCCUUCGUCCUCGUGUGUGCCCAGGUCUUGAGUGAGAUUGGCCGAUUCCUCGUUGCCUUGAUCUUCCUGCUCUUAACGUUUGGAAGUGCCAUCAGUGUCCUUGACCAUACGUACUUCGAGAUGCGAGACAUCCCGAACACUGUCCUUUGCCUGUUCUCCAUCACCGUGCUUCUGUACGAAGACGAUUACCGCACUCUCAUGGAAGACGAGCCUGCCCUUCUUACAGCGGUGCUGCUGUUCGUCUUGGCAUCGUCCAUCCUCCUGAUGAAUUUGCUCAUUGCCCAGCUGAACAGCUCAUAUGUUUACAUCUACCAGGACAUGGUUGGCUUCGCCCGCCUGAACCGUGCCCAGAAGAUUGUGGAGGCACUGGCCAACUUCAACAGGAACCAGUGGACGACAUUUAUUGAGAGCCUCGGGCUUGAUCAGCCACUGGAGUUCAACCAGGGCGACGUGGGAGUGGCGGGGGGCAUGCAGAUCACGGAGCCUGCCAGUGAGCAUGUGGUCCUGAAGGACUCCAUCCUGCGAUUCGGUGGAUCGUGCUCUGCAGAGCUGCAGUGGCCAGAAGAGACCAAGCACCGCGGAGACCGGGAGAAGCUGUCGAAGAUUGAGUCCAUGGCGAGGAAGGUGCUUCGGAAAGUCGUCCAGGACAGCAAGGGCAACAAGAAAGGCUCAUCGAGCCGAGGUGAAGGAUCUGCGGUAGGAGCCGGAGGCAGCUCAGCGUUCGGAAGCAGUGCCGGCGGUGCUGGUGCGUCGUACGUCGACGAUUGA